AUGAAGAGACAGUUUGGAUUUAAGGAAGGAGACUAUCCCACGUCAAGCAUGGCAUGGCUCACAGAAUUCGCCCAACGUAUACUAUGUAUCUUCACUCUGAACAAUACCGCACGAUCCGACUGUCAGCUUGACGCGGCCGUCGACCGUAUGGGCUGGACGCAGAUAUCGUUGGGUCACUCAGGUGUUGUUCUUGCUGCUAUUAAAUUAGUCAACAUUUCCGACCGCAUUGUCACUAUCGACUGGCGGACCGAAGUUGCCCAAGUUCUCGAGAAUGGUUUUUUUUCGAGAGCGGGACGUUAUGUGCGGGUUGGCACUCGAAGGUAUAGGGAGUGGCAGAAUCUCAUUUAUGAAAACACUAUUUCUGCCAAAGCUCAAGCUCGAGAGUCACAACGUCUCGACGACCUUCAGGAGAUGGAACCACCGGCUGUCCAAACGCCGAACUACCCGUGGCCGACUAAGAUGAUGGUCCGCCCAUCGCCUGGUUGCGAGGAAGCGAGAGUGAUCAACCUUCAGAUAGUCCCAAGUGAAGUGUAUGAUGAAAUAUCUGAAGUAGGCGAGCGGUUGUCAAUGAAGACGCCAGUAGUGUCGACGACAAUACCUGAAGUGAGCGAGAUUUCGGAAGUUGAAGAUGAAACAACGGAUGUUCCAUCAGGCGAGGUCGAGGGAGUACUAGAUGACCAGGACUCCGAUGGCGACGAAUUUUUCGACUCAAUUAGUGUCGAAGAUGAUUUUCCAGAAGUUAAUUUGGAGGACAUUCCAAAAGUGGAACUCGAGGAUGAUGUCUUUUCGGACUUGCCGGUGUCGGUGAUGGCUUGUACGCCAGUUCAACAGCUUGAGUUAGAGUAUUACCGCGUCAUGCGAAUAAGUGCCGAAGAAUUAGACCUCGAACACGCAGGCUAUAUUCAUGAGCGGAGCGAAACAUUAUCACAACUCUGGGAACAACUCGCAUUGCUUCCGGAUAUCGAAGAAUUAUAUCCGAAGUGUGAUAUCGAUUCGACUGACGUUGGUGAAUCUGGGACGAGCACUCCAGAAGACGAGCGAAGAUUGCGAGCGAUCCUGAAGUAUCAUCGAGCCAUCUUCCUGGGAGAUGGGAGUGCGGAUCCAUCCCCGGCGCGAGGUAUCACCUGUGAUUUGGAUGUUGGAGAAGCGAACCCUAAACGUUUGGAAACCCGACUCAUUGAGCAUUCAGAAUCACCAUGGGCAUCACCCAUUGUGAUUGUCCUCAAGCAAAAUGGUGUGGAUAUCCGAAUGUGUGUCGAUUACCGAAUUGUCAAUGGAUUCAUUACACUGUCCAAUUACCCUCUACCGCUAAUAGGCGAUCUGCUGGUUGGGUUCGAGGAUGUUAUGUGGUUUAUGAGCUUGGAUAUGGCGAGCGGCUUUUGGGCGAUCAAGAUGUCCGAAAGAGCGAAGCUGAUAUCGGCGUUUGUCUGUCCGUUCGGGCACUUCCAAUGGACUUGCAUGCCAUUCGGACUCAAGAAUGCGCCACUGAUAUAUCAAUCGGUCAUCAACAAUUGUCUAUGGGGAUUUGUGAGACUGCCUCCAGAAGAAGAAGCAGAGGUCGAUCAAGAUGUCUUGGAUUUUCUAGGUCUGGAUCCUACAGAUAACCAAAAAUCUGAAAGGAGCUGUCUGAAUGACGAGGUGAAGGGACUCACGGAUCUGAUGACAGUUUCCAAAGGAAUAUCCCUAUGCCAUCACACAUCGGUCCAGUGCUAG